UUAACUUCCUUGCGUUUAAGAUCUCAGCUUUUAAACUUGGUGAGCUUAGAUGUUUUACACUCGAGAGAAGAGAAGAGAACAGAACCAGUGGCAUAGUGAGAUAGGUUUUCCAACAUCAAAGAUCAAAGUUUAAUCUGAGGAUUCAAAUACAAAUUUUAAUUUUGUGGUGUCGGUAAGUUUCUGUUCAAAGCAAACAAGUUUAUUCAUCGACAGAUUUAGUAAGUUUCUGCCAAAGAUUAAUGCUAUAAAGCUUAUUCUAAGGAUUCAAAUUGGGAUUUCGAUUUUGGUCCAGCAACUCUUGUAAAACUUACUUUCAUAAAAAACCUCACUGAACAAGCAAAGGAGAAAAGGAAAAAAAAAAACCACUUCACUAAACAGGAAUUCUCACACCUCACAAAUGUCAAAUGACGAGGAGAAUCCCAAAGCUGGCGAAGCACGGAAAAGCAACGAAACCUCUUUGCCAUGCUUGGAAACCCAAGCAACCUUGUAUGAGCGCUUGCUCCAGCAGGCAUCGAUAUAUGGUAUAGCUGCUGGAUACUGCCUUUCAGCAUCCCUCCUUUCAAUCAUCAACAAAUGGGCUGUGAUGAAAUUUCCGUACCCUGGGGCAUUGACUGCCUUACAGUACUUCACAAGUGCUGCUGGUGUCCUACUCUUUGGACAGCUCAAGUUUCUGGAGCAUGACCGGCUUGACCUUUGGACAAUGUGGAGAUUUCUUCCUGCAGCCUUCAUAUUCUAUCUCUCCCUCUUCACGAAUAGUGAGCUUCUCCUCCAUGCCAAUGUUGAUACCUUCAUUGUUUUCAGAUCCGCUGUUCCCAUCUUUGUUGCGAUAGGUGAAACCCUCUACUUGCAUCAACCAUGGCCCUCAAUGAAGACAUGGAUGUCACUUGGUACCAUAUUUGGUGGAAGUGUUCUGUAUGUUCUUACAGAUUACCAAUUUACAUUAACGGCAUACAGCUGGGCCCUUGCUUAUCUCAUCAGUAUGUCUAUAGACUUCGUAUACAUCAAGCACGUUGUCAUGACAAUUGGGCUCAACACAUGGGGUCUUGUGCUCUACAACAAUCUCGAAGCCUUCCUCUUGUUCCCUUUUGAACUGUUUAUAAUGGGGGAACUGAAAAAGAUAAAGCAUGAAAUUACAGAUGAGUCAGAUUGGUAUUCGUUUGCUGUUAUACUUCCAGUAGGUUUAUCAUGUUUGUUCGGUUUGGCCAUUUCUUUCUUUGGGUUUUCUUGUCGAAGGGCAAUAUCCGCAACAGGGUUCACCGUGUUAGGAAUAGUGAACAAACUUUUAACAGUUGUGAUUAAUCUGCUCAUAUGGGAUAAGCAUUCAACGUUGGUCGGUACACUGGGGCUUCUAAUAUGUAUGGGAGGUGGAGUUCUUUACCAGCAAUCUACCAGUAAGAAGCCAAACGAUAUAAAAGAACAGACUAAACCACAAGGAAGUGAAGAAGAACAAGAAAAGCUUAUUGAAUUGCAGAAGAAUGUAAACGAGACCAAUACACAUGAAAAGGAGGUUAUCGGAUCAAGAAGUUAGAUAAGAGGUGGUAACGAUUCUUUUCUAUUCUUUUAAAAUUUUGGCCAAUUUUGGUUUUUGAUUGAAUUCCCUAAAUUGCAAUGUCAAAUGAAUGUCAAAAUCUUCAUGAUUGUAUGGUAGGUAAUGGUACAGUUGGUACA